AUUUCUUGUAAAUCCACGUGACAUUUCCACAUAGCCACCCACCAUAACAAUACAUUUUUCACAUAACCUAUAUAAUAUAUAUUUUUUUGCUCUAUUAUGUUCUUCAUUAAUAUUUUCUUCUUAUUAUUUAAUCUUCAAAAAUAAAAAUAAAAAAAUAUAUAUAUUCUUGUAAAUCCUCACAACCCCACUUGACAUUUCCACUUGUAAAGCUCAAAGAAUCAAAUCUUUAGCAUCCCCAUACAAAAAUUACAGUUUUUUAACAGUUCUAAAUUCUUGAUUAUUUCUUUUCAGUUCCAUUCAAUCUGGAGAAAAAAUUCAAUCCUAAAUACAUCCCAUAUUCUUGUAAAUUAUUGCAAUCCCACUUGAAAUUUCCACUUUCAAACCUCAAAAAACACAAACUUUAGUAUACCCAUCUAUAAAUUAGAGAUUUGUAAUUGUAAUACAUUCUUGAUUUUUUCCAGUUUCAUUCAAUCUUGAAAAAAAAAACCAAAAAAUCUUAAACCCAUCACAUAUUCUUGUAAAUUAUUGCAACCCCACUUGAAAUUUCCACUCAUAUACCUCAAAAAACACAAACUUUAGUAUAAAAAUUAGAGAUUUUUAAUAGUAGUAGAAAUUCUUGAUUUUUUUUCUACUUUAAUGUCAGUUGCUUGUGGAUUUGAGUGUGUGGUGGUUUUAGGAUGUAUGCGUUGGGUAUGGAAACGUUGCACUUACAUAGGCAAUGAUGACAGUGCCACGUGGCCUCCAGCAACCUACGACGAAUUCGAACCUAUUCCUCGUCUUUGCCGUACAAUUCUUGCUGUCUAUGAAGAUGACCUUCAUAAUCCAAAAUUUCCACCUGAAGGAGGCUAUAGGCUUAACCCCGACUGGGUGGUGAAGCGUGUGGCAUAUCGAGAAACACUAGGUAAUGCUCCACCUUAUUUGAUUUACCUUGAUCAUGAGCACCAUGAGAUUGUUGUAGCCAUCAGGGGUUUAAAUUUGUAUAAAGAAAGUGAUUAUAAAGUCUUGAUGGAUAAUAAGCUUGGGCAGCAGAUGUUUGAUGGUGGUUAUGUGCAUCAUGGUUUGUUGAAGGCAGCAAUUUGGAUGUUGAAUAAAGAAUCCGAGACUUUGAAAAGGCUUUGGAUUGAGAAUGGGAAGAGUUACAAGAUGAUAUUUAUCGGGCAUUCUUUGGGUUCUGGAGUUGCAUCAUUGUUGACUAUAAUUGUGGCGAAUCACGGGGAUAGAUUAGGGGGUAUUCCAAGGAGUUUAAUCAGUUGCUAUGCUCUUGCUCCUGCUAGGUGUAUGUCACUCAAUUUGGCUGUUAAAUAUGCUGAUGUUAUCCACUCAGUGGUUUUGCAGGAUGAUUUCUUACCACGGACACCCACUCCACUGGAAGAUAUAUUCAAAUCCGUCUUUUGUUUACCAUGCUUGUUAUUUUUGGUGUGCUUGAGAGAUACUUUCAUACCAGAAGGUAGGAAGCUCAGAGAUCCAAGAAGAUUAUAUGCACCUGGUCGAAUGUAUCAUGUCGUUGAAAGAAAAUUUUGCAGGUGUGGGAGAUUCCCUCCAGAUGUUAGAACUGCUAUCCCCGUUGAUGGAAGAUUUGAACAUAUCGUGUUGUCAUGCAAUGCUACAUCUGAUCAUGGAAUUAUUUGGAUACAAAGAGAAUCAGAGAAGGCGUUAGCGAGACUCAAGGAGACUGUAAGUGCCGAGGCAGCAACGACUCCACCACCAGUGCAGAAAAUCGAAAGACAGCACACGCUAGAAAAAGAACACAAGAAGGCAUUAGAAAGAGCUGUCACUUUAAAUAUUCCACACGCCGUGCCAACAGACACAGGCGAGGAGCCAUCAGUACAAAAAGAGGAGGAGGAAUCAACGCGAGGAGUAACAGAGACGGCUUCUCUCAUAGAAGAUACAUCCACAAGUACAGGUCAUUCCACCGAUGCAAGAACUAACUGGAACGAUGUAGUUGAAAAGCUUUUCAUGCGAGAUGAAAUGGGGAAGUUAACAUUGAACAAAGAAACAAGUGGUAAUACUGAAUGACAACUCCCUUUAAAGGUGCUUUCUCUCUUCGUAAUUUUUUUUUAUUCAAAUUUUUUUGUGAUGAUUGAAAAAAGUAUUAUUGCUGUUCAAUUAUUUGUACAUUUUUCUUAUGUAAAACAAUAUAUCUGAAUUAGAAUGUACAAUUCUAAAGCCCCAGAGAGGGAAAUAUAGAGGCAGAAAGAAAUGAUAAUUGGUUGUAAUUGCAUUUUUAUUUGUUUUGUAUGUGAAAUGUUUUAUGUUAAAUCUGAAUUUCUACUUUA